AUUUUGACCUACUAAAAUUACGAACCCAACAACCGUAUAAGAAAAUAAUAAAAAUAAAAUAGAAGCCUAAAAAGCCUAAGCAAAUAAAUAAAAAAAAAUCAAAAUUACUGUCAUAAACUCGUAAUAAGGAAGCAUUAAUGGUAUAUUUAUCUGAAAUUUCUAUAAAUGUGUUCUUACUGAAAAAAAGGACAACAUCUAGAGCGACUCACCAACAGAAAACUAAUACUUACAAACAAACAACAUACCCAACCAUUUCCCAGAUCGGAUCUCUCUCUCUCGCUUUCUCGGCAUUAGAUCUCUCCUUCUCUUUCGCCUCUUGUCUCUAUCCCAAUUUCAACUCCAGGUACAAUUUUGAGUGCUAAGAUUGAGCUCAGAAUAGUCAAUGCCUGCAUGUGAGUUUUGGAGCUGUUUAUGAGCUUUAUUUAUUGAAAUUCUGGAAGGGUUUUGUUGGGUAUUGGAUCAGUUGACAUUGGAAAUCCCAUGCUCCAGGUCUCCUUCGUGCGGUAAUAUGUUUUUCGUAUGUGGGUCAUAUAUAAAUCUAUUGUCAAAUUUUGUGGACAAUGAAUAAGGUUAUAGACCAUUGGGCAAGUUUGACAAGGUUUGGGGAGUAUAUUCAUGGUUUUGAAUUAGAGCAAGGAAGGAGAUGGUAGAGGAUGAUUUAGAUACAAAGAGGGUUGAAAAUACUGGAGGCAAGUGCACUCAAAGUGGAAGCCUUCGAAGGGAGCCUUCAUUUUCGCGUUGGUGUGAUGAAGAUGGGAAAUUAGAGUCGGAUCAUCAUUUGAGGAAUAUUGAUGCAAGAGUAGAAGAUUCUGAUUUUGAAUUGCCUUUGGUUCAACAAGUUGAGAUAGAACCUACAAUUGUAGAUACACACAGGUAUUUUAUCACUGAAUUUAAGCCAAUGAGUAUCCCCUUGAGUGGUGGGGAUAGCAUGGAUGACACUUCUAUCCAUGUUGAGAGAGAUAGAAAAGAGACAUAUGAGCCUUUUGAUAUUGAGAAUGAAUCUGCAAAGAAGAUAAAUGUUGCAGAUGGCUCCAUUUCUUGUCAUAAUCCUAAGCAACAGCCAGAAAUUACGAAGAAUCUUAUUUAUGCUCCUGAUAUUUUAAAGACAUUAUUUUUCAUUCUUGUUUGGUACACCUUCAGCCUGUUUCUUACAUUGUACAACAAGAGUUUGUUAGGGAAAGACUUGGGAAAGUUUCCAGCUCCCCUAUUGAUGAACACUGUCCACUUUACAAUGCAAGCUGUUUUAUCAAAAUCAAUCACAUGGUAUUGGUCUGAGAGAUUCCAAACUAGUGUUGUUAUGUCAUGGAGGGAUUAUUUUAUGAGAGUUGUACCAACAGCUCUUGGGACAGCAAUGGAUAUUAACUUGAGCAAUGCAUCUCUUGUUUCUAUAUCGGUCACAUUUGCCACAAUGUGUAAAUCAGGCGCUCCUAUAUUUCUUCUUCUAUUUGCUUUUGCUUUUAGGUUGGAGUCUCCAAGCAUCAAACUUUCAGGCAUAAUUUUAGUGAUUUCCCUCGGAAUAUUAUUAACAGUUGCAAAAGAAACAGAGUUUGAGCUUGGAGGAUUCAUUCUUGUUAUGCUUGCUGCUGUUAUGUCUGGCUUCCGGUGGUGCAUGACUCAAAUUCUUUUGCAAAAAGAAACCUACGGUUUGAAAAACCCGCUGACCCUGAUGAGCUAUGUAACUCCAGUGAUGGCAGUGGCAACUGGUAUUCUCUCAUUAAUGCUGGAUCCUUGGAAUGAGUUUAGAAAGAAUGAUUAUUUCAAUAAUCCUUGGCAUGUCACUCGAAGCUGUUUACUGAUGCUUCUUGGUGGAACACUUGCAUUUUUUAUGGUGUUAACAGAAUACAUUCUUGUCUCAGUAACUAGUGCUGUUACAGUGACAAUAGCCGGCGUUGUGAAGGAGGCUGUCACGAUAUUGGUUGCUGUCAUUUACUUCGGGGAUGAGUUUACCUGGUUGAAAGGAGCAGGCCUCUUCAUAAUCAUUAUUGGUGUUAGUUUAUUCAACUGGUACAAAUACAAUAACCUUCAGAAGCAUCAUCACACAAGUGAAGACACGGAGUCUUCCACAACCAAUGUUGCUGCAAAAUAUGUCAUUCUUGAGGAGAUGGAUGAGCUAGACAAUGCUAGCUGAAAGCCUCAGUAGUACGUUCACCUGAGAAAUCACGCUUUCAUGUUUUCGGAAACAAAAACAUAAAAAACAAAAAAUGGUCAUUCAAGUUCGCACCUUGGCGAAGAUUUACAGGAAGCAGUUUUGAUUAGUCUAAAUUUUAUAGCCACAUUUGCUCUUAUUUUGUUUUCUUUUUGGGGUCUUCCAACCAGGGGUAAAAUUUAUUAUUGAGCUCUUCACAAUCAGACAAAAGCUCAUUGGUGAAAAUUGACUGCUUAGUUUGUACAAGUCCCCUGGAUGCCCCAUAUUUUAACUAUCUGUAGUUAAAAUAGGGGGCAUAGAUUCCAACUUCAAGCUGUAAUCGAUUGAGUGCUAUUUUUAGAAUUUUGUGCCAUUAUUUUGGAUGUACAUAAUAAAUUAAUUGAUCUUGUUUUA